ACAUGUUCCAAAUGCAUGGGACCCUCGGAUCUUGGAUAUGGUUGUAAACAUGAAAUGGAUAGCAACAAACUUAAUAAUUGUUUACAGAUUGAACAACACACACACAAAAAAAAGAUGAUCGGAGAAGUUGCAGCAGUUCCCAGAUCAUUGUGGGUUCAUCCCCACACAAAAAUCCGAUCCCCAACUUCAAUCUCAGUUUCAAUCCCUACAAAUCGAACCCAUUUGGAAAAAAUUAAAAACCCAGCAAGAAAAUUAUCCACGACCAUCGCCAGCCCUUUGUUCUCUGUCAAAGCUGCUGCUGCUUCUGCUUCAGUGGAGUAUGCCGAAGAACCUGCAACGAGUGUGAAAUUUCCGACAUCUUUGGAUCUUCCUGGUUGCUCAACUGCAUUAUCUUUAAUCGGAACAGGAUUCAGGGAGAAAGUGUUUGCAAUAAUCGGUGUUAAGGUAUAUGCGGCGGGGCUAUACCUGAACCCUGACAUCUUGGAUACUCUAGACGCCUGGAAAGGACGAAAAGCAGCUCAAAUCGAGCAAGAUUCGUCGUUGUUCGAUUCAAUUUAUCAAGCUCCUUUAGAGAAAUCGUUGCAGAUCGUUCUGGUCAGAGAUAUUGAUGGAAAAACUUUCUGGGAUGCUCUAGACGAAGCUGUAUCUCCGAGAAUCAAAUCACCCAAUUCGACUGACAGAAACGCGCUCUCCGCCUUUCGUGCUAUCUUUCAAGAUCGUCCAUUAAAGAAAGGAACUUUCAUAUUCUUGACCUGGGUUGACCCUUCCAAAAUGCUGGUUCACAUAUCAACUGACGGGAAUCCAUCGGCUGCAGAAGCUACGAUCGAAUCAGAAAAUGUGACGUCUUCUCUCUUUGAUGUAUUUUUUGGGCGUGCACCGGUUUCUCCUACCUUAAAAUCAUCAAUAAGCAACAGCUUGGCUUCGUUUCUCAAAUAAACUCAGCUGUUGGUUAUCAGUAUCAGUUAGCAACGGCUUGGCUUGAGUUCUUUUUUAUGGUUUCCUGAAAUUAAAAUAGUAAUUGUUCUGGGAGCCGAGGGUCCUAGUGAGAGCAGCUUUAGAGGUAAAGUUUGCCCUCAUCGCACCCUCCUCCCCAGACCCUACCAAUAGCUUUACUGUGAGUGAGAUUUGGCUUGGUACGUUUGUUUAUUUGUUUGUUUGAAUUACUAGAAGCAAUUACAUCUGUAUGCUCGUAAAUGCUUCAAGAAAAUAGUUGUCAUUUGUGACCAAGAUUAUGAUCAAUACAAGGUGGUCUGGUUUAAACUAAGCAUC